AUGGGAAAGACGCGAGCUCAAGAUUCGGCUGAAAAGUCAGCUGCAACUCCAAGGAAAUCAGCCCAAGCAGGCGUCGAGAGACCGAUAGCCAAGAGGUUGUCCACGACCAGAGCCAGCUCAAAGAAGUCUUCGUCGACAGGCAAGCCCAUGUCCAGUACUCCGAGCGACCAAGACCAGCAGCCCCAGUCACCAGUGAGAGUGGAUUCAGAUGAUGUGACAAGAGGGCGCCGUCCAGGCUUGUAUCAUUUCAAGCUCAUCGAUGGCAAAGCCAUUCCACAGAGAAUCCCCUCUCCAGACUCUUCAUUCAAGCCGAGGCGUCCACCUGCCAAGCAGCCUCCUCCAAAGCAACUAUCAUUAGAGGAAUGGCGCAGUGCGGCGGACCGUGGCAUGAGGCUACAGGAGUACAUCAAGAAGCUCCUCCAGCUUAAGAAAUUGCUAGAGGACGAUUCCCUUAACGACAUCGCCAGAACUCUCGAGGAGGCGGAGCGUCAGCUUUAUCAUAAGAGAAUGACGUGGCAGGAUCCACCCAAGGAAAUCGACCGGGGAUUCUUUCCUCUCGACGAAAAGACUCUUGCUCGUAUUGCGGCAGGGGAAAGGGUGGAGGAACUGGACAAAGCAUUCGAGAAACCACUUAUCAGCACUGGUAUCGGUCUCUUCGGCGGCAGUGUCAACAUCCCAAGUGAGCCUCCAGCUACUCCGGAACUGGAGCCUGCUAGAGGCAUUCAUCAAGCCAUCAAGGCCACAACCUAUCAAGGCCACGUGGGAGUAGGGCUAGAUGAGGCGCUUGAGUGA